CUUCUUCAUGGCAUUAUAUGCUUUCAUUUCUGGUUGGCAACAUUGUCGUCCAGUCAUUUCUAUUGAUGGAACAAGUCUGAAGAAUAAAUAUAUAGUGGUACUUUGUUAUCUGCUUCAACACCUGAUACCAAUGAUCAAAUUUUUCCACUAGCCUUUUGUGUUGUGGAUUUUGAGAAUGAUUUCUCAUGGACCUUGCAACCAAUUGAAGAGAAUUGUAGGUGGUCGGAAUGAGGUUGUUAUAGUAUCUGAUAGACAUAAAAGUAUAUGCAAAGCUAUAGAGGUAGCAUUUCUUAACGUUUUACAUUGCAUGUGCUUUGUUCGUAGGAGAUAUAAUGUCAUGACCACUAAUAUAUCUGAGAGUCUGAAUUCUGCUAUGCUGAAGGUUAGGGAGUUACCAAUAUGUUCAAUGUUUGAGGUUUUGCGAAUAAUGUUGCAAAGAUGGUUUUUUGAACGAAGAGAAGUAGCUGAUUAUCAAGUUACUGAUUUCACCAAAACCAUUGAAGGUUAAUCCGGUUAAUAAAAUGAAAUACGAGGUCAUAGAUGGUACUUCCCAAUAUGUGAUUUACUUACCUACGAAGGUUUGUAGUUGUAAGACGUGAGAUAUAUUGGAAAUACCUUGUACGCAUGCAUGUGCUGUUUUCAC